AUGCCCGAGACGGGACGGGAGAGCCCCAGCGGCCCGGCGCAGCCGCCCGCGCAGCCCCCGCCGCCGCCGCCGCCGCCCAAGGAGUCCUUCUACAUCAAGAACCUGCUCAACGGCGACCACCCGCCCAAGGCGCCCCCCAAGCAGCCCCGCGCCCUCUUCGCGCCCGCCGCCAAGGGCAGCCUGGACGGCGCCGGCUUCGCGCUGUCGCAGGUGGGCGAGCUGGCCUUCCCGCGCUUCGACAUCCCCGCGCCGCGCUUCGCCCUCACCGCGCACUGCCUGGAGCGCUCGCAGACCUGGUGGUACCCCUACGCCCUGGCGCCCGCCGGCGGACACCUGCCCAGGCCCGAAGCCGCAGAGAAGUCGCUCCUGCGGGACUCGUCCCCCGCCUCGGGCACGGACCGGGACUCGCCCGAGCCGCUGCUGAAGGCGGCCGCGGAGCACAAGGAGCUGGACUCGAAGAGCCCCGACGAGAUCGUGCUGGAGGAGAGCGACGCGGAGGAGGCCAAGAAGGAGGAGGGCAGCGAGGAGUGGAAGAAGCGCGAGGGCAGCCCCGAGAAGAAGCCGUGCCGCAAGAAGAAGACGCGCACCGUCUUCUCCCGCAGCCAGGUCUUCCAGCUCGAGUCCACCUUUGACAUGAAGCGCUACCUGAGCAGCUCGGAGCGCGCCGGCCUGGCCGCCUCGCUGCACCUCACAGAGACCCAGGUCAAGAUCUGGUUCCAGAACAGGCGGAACAAGUGGAAGCGGCAGCUGGCGGCCGAGCUGGAGGCGGCCAACCUGAGCCACGCCGCGGCGCAGCGCAUCGUCCGCGUGCCCAUCCUGUACCACGAGAACUCCGGCGCCGAGGCCGGCAGCGCGGCGGGCAGCGCGCCCGUGAGCCAGCCCUUGCUCACCUUCCCGCACCCCGUCUACUACUCCCACCCCGUGGUCACAUCCGUGCCGCUCCUGCGGCCGGUCUGAGGACGCCCCCCGCCCCGCAGCCACCCCAUCCGCCACGCGGCGGGCGGCCUCCCCCUCCCCACCCCAGCCCUGCAGGGCAGCAGAGCAGCCCCGAGGACGCGGAGCAGCUGGCAGUGACCGGUGAUUUGAUUUGGUUUUGUGAGUCCCUCCACUGAGUCGUGCAACUCAUCCCGCCAGGUAGUCGAUGCUCUCUUUAUUCUGACAUUAAUUAAUUCUUCUCCAUGAUGCUGAUGAUGAUGGUGCGGGUUGGUCUUAGGGCGGCAAAAAAAAAAAAAAAAGAAGAGAAAAGAGAGGGAAGGAAAAAAUAAAUAAAUAAAAGAAAAGUGAUGGAGAUGGGAGUGGAAAGAAGUCGGAGGGGAUCCUGGGGGCGCGGCGCCUUCCAGAGCCGGGAAGAAAAGCUUUGGGGGAGUUAGUUUUAUUUUUGUAAAAAAUAAAUAAAAAUUUUUAAAAAAAGGUGGGGGGGAAGAAUAAACGAUGGCGGGUCCCUGCUGCCAAAUGGGACUUUUCUGACUUUCCUCCUGUCUUCCCACGGCUCGUGCUGGCGAUGGUAGGACACCUUAAAAGACUCCGCCAACCUCGGCUGUUCACUCGCCAGCCCUUUGUACAAAUUUCUGCCUCAUCGCUUCCCCACUCCCCCGCCUCCAGGUUUUGUACCUUUUUAGGGUCCUGAGAUGGGACUGAGCAAGAAAUGCAGCCAAAAAGUAACCGGUGAAAUGUGUACACCCUUCACGUGCUCCUUUAUUUAUUAUCCUUUCUUUAGAUCCUUUUUUUUUUUUAA